UUAUCCCAGCCCUGAACCUGUGACCGCGAACAUUAACCUUUAGCUUUCCAUUGUGUCCGUCUCCCCGCAAACAAAUUCUCUCUGUUUUCUUCCCUCUAAUUAUCUUGGGUUACUUCUGUUUUUGGCGGGAAAGAUGUCUGGUAAAGGCGCCAAAGGUUUGACCACCGGCAAAACCCUUGCUUCCAGCAAGGACAAAGACAAGAAAAAACCCAUCUCUCGUUCUUCUCGAGCUGGUCUCCAGUUCCCGGUGGGUCGUAUCCAUCGUCUACUAAAGCAAAGGACUACGGCACACGGGAGAGUAGGAGCCACGGCUGCGGUUUAUUCUGCUGCCAUCCUGGAAUAUUUGACUGCAGAGGUGUUGGAGUUGGCCGGAAACGCGAGCAAGGAUCUUAAGGUGAAACGUAUUACCCCCAGACACUUGCAGCUUGCGAUCCGUGGUGAUGAGGAACUUGAUACCCUGAUUAAGGGAACCAUUGCCGGUGGUGGUGUGAUCCCUCAUAUCCACAAAUCACUGAUCAACAAGUCGUCCAAGGAAUAGACUAUAAUGUUUUAUUGCUUGCAGAGAUUUGCCAAGCCAAUAUGUGAGCUGCAUUUACUUGCUGUGAUCUUGAAACUGAAAAAACGUGUUUAAUUCGUUUAGCUAAUGUUGAAGCUUAGGUCUGAGACUGUGUUUGUUUUUGGACUCGAUAUAUUGGCUUUGUUUUACA